CUAGUAGCACAGUCCUCCCCUCCCGGCCAUGGCGAAGAGGAAGCCCAUGGCGGCGGCGGCGGCUGGCGAGAAGAAGAGCAAAGGCAAGAAGGGCAAGAACGGCCCGGCCAAGGUGGCCAUGAAGGCGCGCGGCGUUGCGUCGGCGGCGGCGGAGCGGAGCAACCCGUUCGAGGCCAUCUGGUCGCGCCGCAAGUUCGACGUCCUCGGCAAGAAGCGGAAGGGCGAGGAGCGACGCGUCGCGCGUUCCCGCUCCGAGGCCAUCCGCAAGAGGGAGAACACGCUGCUCAAGGAGUUCGAGGAGAGCGCCAAGUCGUCCGUGUUCCACGACCGGCGUAUCGGCGAGAGGGACGACACCCUGCCCGAGUUCGACAAGGCCAUCCUCCGCCAGCAGCGCGAGCGCUUGGUGAAGUUGAAACGAGAAAGCAAAUACAAUCUGUCUGAUGAGGAUGAAGACGAAAUCAAUGUUCACGAUGCUUACACGCUCUCGGAAAAAGAUGAUUUUGAUGAAGAGGUGCCUCUUGAUGAUGAGAGUGACGAGGAAGGUAAAAUGAUUCUCUCAAAGAAACGCUUAUCUCUUCAAAGUGGUGAUCGAUCUUCAGAGACUGCUCUGCCCGAAGAAGCACAUGGCCAUAAGAGCAAGAAGGAAGUUAUGAUGGAGAUUAUUUCAAAGAGUAAAUUUUAUAAGGCCCAAAAAGCAAAGGAGAGGGAAGAGGAUGAACAUCUCGUGGAUAAGUUAGACAGUGAUUUUGCAUCGUUGGCCCAGACACAGGCGUUACUGUCCUUAACUGAGUCAGCUAAGGUCAAGGUGAACAAAAAUGAUUCAAGUACUGGCUUGACAGGGAAAGAAAUUUUAAACAAGGCAAAGGCAGACACAUAUGACAAACUGGUGAAAGAAAUGGUAAUGGAUCAACGUGCUCGCCCAUCAGACAGGACAAAAACCCCAGAGGAAAUAGCGCAGGAAGAAAAAGAACGUCUUGAGAAGUUGGAGAAGGAACGCCAAAAAAGAAUGUUUGGAACUGCUGAUUCAUCUGAUGAGGAUGAUGACAACGAGGAUGAUCACCACAUGAAGCUGGACAACUCAAAACCUAUAUCUGGUGAUGAUCUUGGUGAUUCCUUUACUUUGGAUGAGUCAAAAAGAAAGAAAAAAGGCUGGGUUGAUGAAAUUUAUGAAAAGGAGGGUAGAGAGAUUGGUGAUGAUGCAGCAGCAUCUGAUGAUGGAGAAAGUGAUGAUGAACAUGCUGGUGAUGAUGAGGCUGCUAAUGAAGAAUAUGAUGAUGAAGAUGUUGAUGAAGAAGAUUCAAGUGACAAUGACUUAGGUAAUAUAUCUGCUAGAGAUUGGGAGCAAAGUGAUGACGAUGAGGUUGAUGUAGGAGAAGAUGAAAUUGAGGAUUUCAAGGAGAAGGAACACGGGAUCAAUGGCAAAGUGGUUAAAAACGAUGUACAAACUUUGAAGAGAGAAUCAAAUGCAGCACCACAAGUCAAGGAUAGUGACCUUCCUUUUGUGAUAGAUGCACCAAAUAACCUAAAAGAUCUAUCCUCCUUGCUAGAUGGUCAUUCAGAAAUUGAAAUAAUUGAGAUUCUUAGGCGAAUACGUACAUGCAAUUCAAUAAGGCUUGCAGCUGAAAACCGACGAAAAAUGCAAGUUUUCUAUGGUGUUCUCCUGCAGUACUUUGCAGUUUUAGCUACUCAAAGACCAGUGAAGUUCAAAAUAAUUGACACACUCGUUAAGCCUUUAAUUGAGAUGAGUGGAGAGACUCCAUAUUUCGCUGCUAUCUGUGCGAGAGAGCGGCUUAUUCAUACACGCACUCGUCUAUGUGAAGAUAUUAAAGUUCCAGGAAUGAGCAGCUGGCCAAAUUUGAAGACAUUACUUCUCCUGAGGUUAUGGUCUCUUAUUUUUCCCUGCUCCGACUUCCGACAUGUUGUAGCAACUCCUAUGCUUCUACUGAUGUGCGAAUAUCUGAUGCGCUGUCCUAUACAAUCGGGUCGAGAUGUAGCUGUUGGUUCUUUCUUGUGUUCCAUGGUGCUUGCGGCUACUAAAGAAUCUAAGAAGUUCUGCCCUGAAGCUAUUGUUUUUCUGCAAUCUCUUCUGGUAACAUCUCUUAAAGGAAAUGUGGGAACUCAACUACACAAUCAGAUUAACGAUCAAUUUAUGGAGCUCAAGACAUCGAAACCAUGGCUCAGUAUCUGUGAAAAAGUGCAUGACGUGAAUCCAGUGAAUGUCCUGGAAAUCACUUGCAUGAAUCCUGACGCCCCUUAUUUCUCAUCUGAUAGUUUUAAGGCUGGUGUACUUCUAUCUGUGGCUGAAUGUUUGAGGGGCUUUGUUAUUAUACAUGAAGAACUAUGCUCAUUCCCAGAAAUCUUCCUUCCAAUAUCUUCUCUACUGCACGAAAUUCUGGAUAAAUCCGACUUACCAGGCCUGUUACAAGACAUUUUCCGGGAAGUAAUUGACUUGAUUAAAAAGAAGAGUGAUGAACACAAUGCUUCAAGAGAGCCACUCCGAAUGCGAAAGAAGAAGCCCGAACCGAUCAAACAGUUGACUCCAAAAUUUGAAGAAAAUUACAUUAAGGGUCUUGAUUAUGAUCCUGAUCGAGAAAGGGCACAAAUGAAGAAGCUGAAGAAACGCCUCAAGAGUGAGAAGAAGGGAGCAGUGCGUGAGCUGCGCAAGGAUAAUUAUUUCCUGUCUGCUGUGAAGGAGAAAGAGAGGGUGAAACAAGAGCAAGAGAGGGCUGAGAAGUAUGGGAAAGCCAUGGCUUUCCUUCAAGAACAGGAAAGUGCUUUUAAAUCUGGACAAUUGGGGAAGGGGAAAGGUCAAAAAAGGAGGCGGUGAUAUUUUCUCCAUAUUCAGCUGUUUGGCCUGUGUACAACAUACAUUGAUUAUGUUGCUCUUGCCACUCGGUUCUUGGUCAGUGCUGGUAGUAGAUCUAGCUGACGAACUUAGCAUGCACAUGAUGCAGUGCAUUGUCUAACUUCAAGUUGGACACACCGAACUAAAAAAGCAGAUGGUCAAGAUACCCCUGUUAGCUGUAUGAAGCAUUCCCUCUUGUAUAUAGCUUGGCUAGAACAAGUGCCAUAACUAUCUGCAAUGCCUCCAGCACUUCAGAAGGCAUCUCUUCUACCAACUAUCAAAGGCUUUAUUUCUCU